CGCGGCAUGGGGGCGGACUCAUUAAUUGUGCACGACACCUAAAAGCUAUAAAAUGAACCUCUCUCCUUCAGGAAAUAUGCGUGAGUGUAUCUCGGUGCACGUCGGCCAGGCAGGUGUUCAGAUUGGCAACGCCUGCUGGGAGCUUUACUGCCUGGAACAUGGAAUCCAGCCGGAUGGACAGAUGCCCAGUGACAAGACGAUUGGAGGUGGAGACGAUUCCUUUAACACCUUCUUCAGUGAGACCGGAGCAGGAAAGCAUGUUCCCAGAGCUGUUUUUGUUGACCUGGAGCCCACUGUCAUCGACGAGGUGCGCACUGGAACAUAUCGACAGCUCUUCCACCCUGAGCAGUUGAUCACUGGCAAGGAAGACGCUGCCAAUAAUUACGCGCGCGGUCACUACACAAUUGGAAAAGAGAUCAUUGACCUUGUGCUGGACAGAAUUCGAAAACUGGCUGACCAGUGCACUGGCCUUCAAGGCUUCCUGGUAUUUCACAGCUUUGGUGGUGGCACUGGCUCUGGUUUCACCUCCCUCUUGAUGGAGCGUCUAUCUGUGGACUACGGCAAGAAAUCCAAGCUAGAGUUCUCAAUCUACCCAGCCCCUCAAGUCUCCACAGCUGUAGUGGAGCCCUACAAUUCCAUAUUGACCACACAUACCACCCUGGAGCACUCCGACUGCGCCUUCAUGGUUGACAAUGAGGCCAUUUACGAUAUCUGCCGCAGAAACCUUGACAUGGAGCGUCCUACUUAUACUAACCUGAACAGGCUCAUCAGUCAAAUCACAUCCUCCAUCACUGCCUCACUUCGUUUCGACGGUGCCCUCAAUGUUGAUCUGGCAGAAUUCCAGACCAACUUGGUUCCAUACCCCCGUAUCCACUUCCCUCUAGCCACCUAUGCCCCCAUCAUCUCUGCUGAAAAGGCCUACCAUGAGCAAUUAACUGUGGCAGAUAUCACCAAUGCUUGUUUUGAGCCAGCCAAUCAGAUGGUUAAAUGUGACCCCCGCCACGGCAAGUACAUGGCGUGUUGCCUGUUGUAUCGCGGAGACGUGGUGCCAAAAGAUGUCAAUGCUGCUAUUGCCACUAUUAAAACAAAGCGCACCAUCCAGUUUGUGGACUGGUGUCCCACUGGUUUCAAAGUGGGCAUCAACUACCAGCCGCCCACUGUGGUUCCUGGUGGAGACCUGGCCAAAGUGCAAAGAGCCGUGUGCAUGCUGAGCAACACCACCGCUGUUGCAGAGGCCUGGGCUCGACUCGACCACAAGUUUGACCUGAUGUACGCCAAGCGUGCGUUUGUUCACUGGUAUGUUGGUGAGGGAAUGGAGGAGGGGGAGUUCUCUGAGGCCAGAGAGGACAUGGCGGCAUUGGAGAAGGACUACGAGGAAGUCGGAGCCGACUCUGUUGAUGAUCAGGGAGAGGAGGGAGAGGAAUAUUAAUAGGUACAAAGGCACUGGAUACUCAGGAAACAAUGAUUGCUAUGUGAUCCUGAAUGUGAGCAGUUUGACUGCUCAAACCAGAAAAUGUGUUGGAGCACUCUAAAUUUAAGCAUAGAUUUUCUGAAAUACGCGUUCUGGCAAAACGUUAUUUCGCUUAAUUCACUUCCUACAUAAAAACUUUAUUUUUUGUUUACUUUGUAAAAUGUAUAGGGUUUUGAGGUUCAGUAGGCUUAGUCGCUUAGUUUGUCAAUAUAUGAGGAGCUGCAAUGCAGAAGUGAUAAUAUCAUUAAUUUAUAGAGAUACAUUUAUGUAUAUAUGGCAAACUUGAGGAUGAAAUAAAGUUCAUUAAACCAUACAACUUCUGUUUGUAUUUUU